AUGCCUACACCACUUCCUUCGAGUUUUGCUUCGGCUGCCGCUGGUAACACCCAGGACCCCAGUCGGAGAGGGGAUGCCAGCACUGGUGGAGAAUGGUCGCGAUCCCGCAUGAAUGGAGCUACGCAGACCUUCCGGCGCCCCUCGGUGGCUACCAACCCUUCGCACACUCGCGACAGUAGCCAACUUGCUUCCGCUUCGACACCUACUGCCUCCGGGGCCUAUGUCCCUCCUCACCUGAGCUCAAAUACCAUGUCUACUGUGCUGCGCAACGGCGAUGCCCGAUACUCCAAGGAGCAACUCCUAGAUUUGUACAAGGCACAACGGGACACCGGCUCUUUGAACAAGCAUGUAGAGGACUACUUUGUGGCUGACUGGGACCCUCACACUGUUUCAACUCCUAUGAAUGGAGCGUGGGGAAAGCGGGAGGACCACAAGACCUCCGCAGGCCCCGAGGUGUGUUGGGAUCAUGGCGGCCAGGCCGAGCCCUUGGGACUGACUGAUAUGUCCGACGGGGAAAAGGAGUUGUUUUCCGCUUCGGUCAACUCUCCUCUCAAGCCGCCACCCACCAAUGCCGGCAAGGAGAAUGCAAACCCAGGCACCACAGGUCGCAAAUCGUCCAUUUCCUAUACUCAAGGCCACAUCAAUAACUACAACACCUCUUCCCCGAACGCUGCCCGCCCGAGCGCUCGCCGCCGUGAGACUGGGGAGUCGGUGGGUAAUCCUAUGUCACCUACCGGGACCAACACCCGGUUCUUCCGCGAUGAAGCCAAUACAUCCACCCCUCCCCCCGCCCUUCUCCGUCGCAAGACCGAUUUCCGCGAACCGAAUGCCAAGGAUGAGAAGCCAAAGGAAGGUGGCGUUGAAGCCGCUUCUCCUUUCGGUAGUCUGAAGCGCAGCUCCACCAAUCCUUUGAACACGGCCAUCGGUGGACCUAGCUCGCCUUGGGGCUCUGCAUCGGCGUCACACAAUGCCAAUUUCUCUCCGAUGGGUGCAUUUGGUGCCUUCUCGCUGGGUUCGAACACUGCGCAGACUCCCACCACCGAGAAGAAAGCUGGGUUUGGAAGUCUUCGUGGAGAAAGCAGGUUCAAAGAUCUGCUCUCUAAGGAGGGUCCGGAGGAUAUUCCAGGCUCGGCAAAGGAGAAGCCCCUGGGCAACCUUGAGCGACUCACCGAAGAAGAUAGUGAUAAGCGCGCGCAAUCCCCAUGGGGAGAUGCCGUCAAAACCCGUGCUAGCCGAAGUGAGACCAAUCCAUUUGACGAGCCUCGUAGCGGCAGUGCUGCUCUUGGCGGAUCUCAGGACGUUGAAGCUCCGUCUCAAGCUGAUCUUGGAUUCGGCGCCUUUGGCAUGACCUCGAGCAUUCCUGGUUUCCGUGAGCUGAUGCAGAGUCAAGAGAAUUCUCGAAACCCGACUCCUAGCCUCCUCCAAGGCCAUGAGCCUACCAGCCCGACCAACACAAACCCUUACCAAAGCCCUCACGGUGAUCGGACCGUGGCAGAUGCGGAGGAUGUCGACACUGAUGGAUCGGAUAUUCAGCACCCACAACACCCUGGCCUUACCGGCCUGCGUGAUCCGUCCAACCCAUUCGGAUCGAUGAGACGGGUUGGCUCAGGAAUGGAUCUCCCCACCAUUGACCGCAGCCAAAACUCCAGCGUCAACGCCAAUCGAAACUUCCCUGGCCUCGGUGGCCUGGGCGGUCUCUCAGGCCUUGGUGGACCGUCAGGCCUUGGUGGACCGUCAGGCUGGCCAUCCAGCGAUGCCAUUGGCACCCCAACCCGUGAGCGUUCAGCGUUUGUAGGUGGCUUCGGUGAUCCUAUCUUUGGCUCCAUGGGCGGGUUGCAGUCUCCUAGCCUGUCGACGCUUGGAGGUGGCGGACUCUUCAGCCCACAUGCCGGCCUCUCGGGUACCGCUAGCAUCGGUCGCUCGAGCAAGCUGGGCGCGCUCUUCUCUGGAAUGGCAGAGGAGCAAGCUCGUUCAGAGUCCGUAGGCUUAGAACAGGGUGAUGCCCAGCAGGGUGGACAAGCAAGCAAGCCUGGCUCCAACUCUGCUUCCCAGACCCCUGUCUCUGCCGUCGGCUCUAUCCCUGCUAAUCUCACCCACGACCCAACCCAGGCUCCUACUCCUGGUGGCUCUAUCUCUGCCGCUCAGCAACGAACUAUGGUCAUGCCGGAUCGGAUGCGCUGGAUCUACCGCGAUCCACAGGGUAACAUUCAAGGCCCGUGGACUGGUCUAGAGAUGCACGACUGGUUCAAGGCUGGAUUCUUCAGCCCCGACUUGCAGAUCAAGAAACUGGAGGAUGGGGAGUUUGAGCCACUGGCUCAGCUGGUUCGUCGUAUUGGCAACUCGCGCGAGCCCUUCCUUGUGCCUCAAAUUGGCAUCCCCCAUGGCCCCGAGCCUGCACCCGGUCAAUGGCAGAAUCCCAACCAGGGUUCGGCUCAGCCUCCGUUCCCCGGCAGCUUCCCCAGCUUUGGUACUACCCUGACCGCGGAGCAGCAAAAUGCCCUCGAGCGACGGAAGCAGGAGGAGCAGUACCUCAUGGCCCGACAGAAAGAGCAUCUUGCUCAGCAGCAGGCUAUCAUGAAGCAGAUGCAGGUUCCUGGCGCUCCCCCGACUCUGCAGCCCCAGCUUCAGCAUCAAUCCAGUGCCCACAGUCUCCACAGCCAGCCCAGCUUCGGUAGCAUCACCUCUCCCGCUGCUUACCAGCCCUCCCCGAUCCAAGCUCCCAUUCAGGGACAGCAGCAAUCCCCAGGCAUGCCCGGUUUCUUUGAUGCCGCCGCUUCCCUCCGACCGGGCGGUCUGCCUAAUGUUCUCCCCGGAAUGCUUGGAACCGAGCUUGGUUCCCAAGAUCAGCUCCCGGCCCUUCUUGACCGUUUGAACGUUGGUCGCCAGGAUCCGUUUGCAUUCGGCGCUGCUGGCUCGUUCUCUGCGCGCCAGCCGGAUAGCUUCCUCCACUCACAGCAGGUGGCGUCUAUGCUCCAGGACCGCGCUCAAUUGCAGCAGGAGCAGGAUGAUUUCGACAAGGCCAAUGCCAAUGACCCCUUUGACCAGGAGGCCCGUGAGGAGCGUCUGCGUCAGUUCCAUGCGAUGAGAGCCCAGGAGGGAGAGCUGGGUAUGCGCACCGCUGACGGACUGCCUACUCACCCUGCCGCUGCUCUGGAGCACGACGUGGAGUCCUUGGCUACUGAUGGUGCCGAGGAACUGGAAGUUGCUGCUUCGGAGCCCGCCCUGACUCUGUCUCAGCAAAUCCAUAAGGCAGCCUCUGCUCAGCGUCAACAGCAGCAGCAUGAGCAAGAACAGGAGCAAGAGCAACAGAAUCAGUCUGUCCCCGAAUCUGCCUGGGCUAAGAUUGAUCAUGCUAUGCCUCAGCCCUUCCCCCCACCUCCCUCCGCCUCCCCUCUGCCUGCCCCCGCUGCCCAGCGCAACCGCCAGAAUGUGGCCGAAUCUCUGGCUGCUGGCUCUCGCUCCCAGACUCAAACUCCGGUUGAUGCUGCGCCCACUUCCCUUGCUCCAUGGGCUAAGGAUACCCACGAAGUGCCCAAGGGUCCUUCGUUGAAGGAAAUUCAGGAGGCCGAGGCUCGCACUGCUGCCCAGCGCGAGGAAAUUGCCGCGGCCGCUCGUCGCGCCCAGCUUCUUGCCGAGCAGGAGCGUCUUAGCAUGGCUCAAGCCCAAGUUGUCCCUGGCCUUCCCUCGUCGGCCAACUGGGCCAGCGCUGGAUCCCCCGCUACUCCUUCCACCGCUGGUUCUCCUUGGAACACCAAGAGCCAGCCUGUCCAGACCAACACCGCGACCAAGAAAACCCUCGCCCAGAUUCAGAAGGAAGAGGAGGCUCGUAAGCAGCGCUUGGCUUCUGCUGCUGCGGCUGCCGCUCAGACAGCCACUCCUAGCCCCCCUGCUUCUGCUGCUAAGCGUUACGCCGACCUUGCCAGCAAGGCCCCGGCCCCUGUCGCUUCCGCUACCAUCGCUGCUACUGCUUCCGGUGCUUGGACUACUGUCGGCGCUGGUGGUAAGGCUAAGGCUCCUCCGGCCGCACCCCUCGGCCCUCGCUCUGCCAGCGGAACUGUCCCCAUUGCUCCCGCCGCCGCCAAGCCCCGUCCUGUUGUUGCUACUCGCACGACCGUUGGCAGCGUUCCCCAGUCCAACUCUAACCAGGCUGUUGAGGAGUUCACCAAGUGGGCCAAGCUGGCCCUGGGCAAGGGUUUGAACAGCAACAUCAACGUGGAUGACUUUGUUCAGCAACUUCUCUUCCUCCCCGCCGAGGCCGAGAUCAUCUCCGACUCUGUCUACGCCAACUCCCAGACUCUGGACGGCCGGCGCUUCGCCGAUGAGUUUAUCCGCCGCCGCAAGCUUGCCGACAAGGGCGUCGUCGACCCCGUCUCCCCCAGCGCAUUCGCUGAGCAGAAGAACGGUGGUGGCUGGUCUGAGGUUGCCAAGAAGGGCUCUGCCGCCAGCACUGCCGCCUCUCAGCAGCGUGAGGAGGAGGCUAGCAACGCCGCGUUCAAGGUCGUUGCUCCUCGCAAGAAGGGCAAGCGGUAA